AUGAUCAAGGACAAUGUAGCCGAGUUUGAAAGUGGAUACAGCUUUUAUGUCAACCCGUUGCUUUCGUCGGGGCACACGCAAACGGCAUAUACUGCAUUGAACAAAUUUGAAAAUCUGAAUCAUGUACAUUACAAGCGAGAAAUCAUCCAAAUCGAAGAUAAAAGAUAUACAUUGCCAAACGGUGAACAGUUGAAAUACGACCAAUGGCAAGGUGAAAGCACCGUUGCAAUAGACUAUGCCAUGACCACUCCAUACAAGUCCGAUGGCAACCAUUUGAAAUAUAGACCCAGUUCACAAAAGGAGGACUUGCCACCACGCACGGAAUUCAAAAACCCCGACGAAGAAUUGAUUGGCGUGGAUGCCAAUCAAGACAAACCCUUGUUGAUUGUGUUGCAUGGAUUGUCAGGGGGGUCAUACGAAGCAUACAUUCGAGCAGUCUUGGAGAAAAUCAUUGGGCCACCCUACGACUUUGAUGCUAUUGUCCUCAAUUCUCGCGGCUGUGCCCACCACACUAUAACAAGCCCUCAACUAUACAACGGAUUAUGGACCAAUGAUUUGCGGUACUUGAUGAAUGAAUUUGUGAGCAAGAAAUGGCCCCAAAAGCGCAUCUACUUGAUGGGGUUCUCGCUUGGUGGUGCCAUAUUGGCAAAUUACCUUGGCCAAGAAGGAGCAGAUGCACCGGCAAUGAUCAAAGGCGCGUGCAUGUUUGGCACACCUUGGGACUUCCCCGAUGGCGCCCAUCAUUUAAGGGAAAGCAUUCUCGGCCACAAUGUUUAUUCGCCCACCAUGUGCAACAAUUUACUUAAAUUGCUCAAUGGUCACGGGAAACUUGAAGAAAAUGAAUUCAUCAAACAAUACAGAGACGAUCCGUCCAAGUACAAUUUGAAAUUCCUUCGAGAUUUCGACGAGUACUUUACUAGUCGAUUAUUUGGAUUAAACUCAGCCGAUGAGUAUUAUAGACUCGCGUCUCCAGUGCAAAGGUUGCUCAGAGUCAGAGUGCCCGUGUUGAUUGUGAGCUCGAAAGAUGACCCCGUGGUCGGGUCGAGAUCACUACCGUAUUCAGAAACGAAAUUGAACCCCUACGUCACCAUGGUGACGACUAGUGUCGGCGGCCAUUUGGGCUGGUUCAAAUGGAACGGAGAACGAUGGUACGUCGAGCCCAUUUGUAAAUUCUUUAAGGUGUUGGAUCAAUUCGACGCCGAUGGUGGUAGUAUCACUCAAAAGAACUUGCCGAUUGACAUUUCCAAAAGCUGGAAACACGAUAGAUUGGUCAACGGGAUGUUGACUUGA